AUGAGAAUCAGGCCCAAGAAAUACCAGCAGUUCCUGGCCUUGGUUUUUACAGUCACACAGGUCAACAAGGAUCUGGUUCUCCUCCCCAACAUCACCCUUGGCUUCCACAUCCAUGACAAUCACCAGAUUGAGAGAGAGAUUUCCUUAAUCAGCCUCUCUCUGCUCUCCACAAGAGGCCAGAUGGUUCCAGGUUACAAAUGUGACCAGCAGGACACUCUGCUGUCCAUCAUUGGAGGUCUCAGUUCCCAAUCCUCAAGGCAGAUGGACUCCAUUUUCAGCAUGUUCAAGGUCCCACAGACCCUUUCAACCCACAAGGGGACGUCUUUCUCCCUCAAUGGUGGGAAAAGGUCUUUGAAUGCAAGAUCUACAAACCAGAUUCUUUACUAUCUGAGGACCGUUCAGUUUAACAACAGCGCUGGAGAUGAAAUCUCCUUCUCAGAAAAUCGACUGGGUUCUGCUCAUUUUGAUCUUCUCAACUGGGUUUUCCUCCUGAAUAAAUCUUUUGUGCCCAUCAAAAUUGGGGAAAUAGAUGCUAGGGCUCCCCCAGGCAAGGAUUUCACUCUAAACUCUGACGCAAUUGUCUGGGCCACAAAGAAAGUGCCCUUCGCCAGGUGUAGCAUGAAGAGAUGCCAGGCAGGAGAGCGGAGAAGAGUUCCAGAGGGAGAGCAAGUUUGCUGCUACCAGUGUGAUGCAUGUCCAGAAGGGACCAUUUCUAACCAGACAGAUGCAGCUCUCUGUGAUUCCUGCCCAGAAGACCAAUAUCCCAACAAGGACAAGAACCAAUGCAUUGACAAGAAGAUCCACUUCCUGGCCUAUCAAGACACCCUGGGAUAUACUUUAAUUUCUGUCACUCUUUUUCUCUCUGUGAUCACAACUGCAGUCCUGCUGAUUUUCUAUAAACAUCAUGACACACCGAUUGUGAAGGCCAACAACAGAGAACUCACCUACAUCCUGCUGGUCUCCCUCCUGCUCUGCUUCCUCUGCUCCUUCCUCUUCAUUGGUCAACCAGGAAAGCUCACCUGUCUCUUCCAACAAUCUGCCUUUGCCAUUCUCUUUUCCCUGGCAGUUUCCUCUGUCUUGGCAAAGACUGUCAUGGUGGUUCUGGCCUUCAUGGCCUCCAAGCCAGGGAACAAGACAAGGAAACUCUUAGGGAAACCACUGACCAACUCGGUUGUCUUAGCCUGUCCCCUGGUCCAAGCAGUUCUUUGUGCCACCUGGCUGGUAACCUCCCCACCAUUUCCCAACUUCAAUUUCCACUCUUUGGUAGGAGAGACCAUUUUGGAAUGUAAUGAAGGUUCAACUUUAAUGUUUUACACCGUCCUCUCCUACCUAGGUCUUUUGGCCCUCAUCAGUUUCACAGUGGCAUUUUUGGCUAGGAAAUUGCCUGACAGUUUUAACGAAGCCAAGUUCAUUACUUUCAGCAUGCUGGUCUUUUGCAGUGUUUGGAUCUCCUUUCUCCCUACCUACCUGAGCACCAAAGGGAAGUCCAUGGUGGCUGUGGAGAUCUUCUCCAUUUUGGCCUCUGGAGCUGCUCUCUUGGCUUGUAUCUUUUUCCCCAAAUGCUACAUUUUCCUACUGAGACCCAAUCUGAACUGUAGAGAAAACAUAAUAAAAACCAAGAAUCUCUAA